AUGGAUUUGGAAAUUAUCCUGGAUGCAUCCACUAGUCGUCAGCAAGUAUUUGAGCAUCAACGUGAGCUGGCACUUUCGCUGAUCGAACGCUUACCUAUUGAUGCUGACGCAACUCAUGUUGCUGUUGGGAUUAAUUCAUUUACUUCGGUACCAACACUGCGCCAAACGCUUGGUCUGGGAAGAGAUAAACAGGUUAGAACUUUGCAGUGGUAUUUUCUGUUAGAUUUACAUUGCCUCAGUGCAUCAAAAGCACCUCUUUACCUCUUUCCUCUGCUAAGGGAAAUUUACAUGGUGCGUCACGCCAUCGAAGACAUAAAGUAUAACGGAGGAAGUACUUUUACGGCUCAAGCGGUCGAAUUGUCU